AUGGAAAAAAAAGAAUUUCGUGUGUUGAUGAAACAUUACUUUUUAAUGAAAAAAAGUGCUGCCGAUACCAAAAAAUGGCUUGAUGAGUGUUAUCCAGACUCUGCACCAGGCGAAGCAACAAUUCGUAAGUGGUUUGCAAAAUUUCGUACUGGUCAUAUGAGCACCGAAGACGAUGAACGCAGUCGACGCCCAAAAGAGGCUGUUACCGAUGAAAAUGUGAAAAAAAUCCACAAAAUAAUUUUGAAUGAUCGUAAAGUGAAGUUGUUGGAGAUAGCUGACACCUUAAAGAUAUCAAAGGAACGCGUUGGACAUAUCAUUUAUGAAUAUUUGGAUAUGAGAAAGCUCUGUGCAAAAUGGGUGCCGCGUGAACUCACAAUCGAUCAAAAGCAACAACGAAUUGAUGAUUCUAAGCAGUGUUUGGAGCUGUUACAUCGAAAUAAAACCAAUUUUUUUUGUCGAUACAUGACAAUGGAUGAAACAUGGCUCCAUCACCACACUCCGGAGUCCAAUCGACAGUCAGCUGAAUGGAAUGCACGCGAUGAACCGACUCCAAAGCGCGGAAAGACUCAACAAUCGGCUGGGAAGGUUAUGGCCUCUGUUUUUUGGGAUACGCAUGGUAUAAUUUUCAUCGAUUACCUUAGGAAGGCAAAAACCAUCAAUUGUGACUAUUACAUUGCGUUAUUGGAGCGUUUGACGGAUGAAAUUGCAAAAAAACGACCUCAUUUGAAGAAGAAAAAAGUUCUGUUUCAUCAUGACAACGCACUGUGUCACAAGUCAAUGAAUACAAUGCUUAAAUUGAACGAAUUGGGCUUCGAAUUGCUUCCUCAUCCACCGUAUUCUCCAGAUUUAGCCCCCAAUGACUUUUUGUUGUUCUCAGAUCUCAAGAGAAUGCUCGCUGGUAAAAUAUUUAAGAGCAACGAAGAGGUGAUCGCUGAAACUGAAGCCUAUUUCGAAGCAAAGGACAAAUCGUACUACAAAAAUGGUAUCGAAAUUGGAAGAUCGCUAUAA